CCCCAAACGAGUAAUCCUAAGUGAGACUCCGAGCAUCUCUGCUACUAUGAUGCCCCCGCCCGUCAGGGCAUUACCACCGCCGCCGGUAGAGGCUCCUGUACGAUCGAACGAAUCGGCGGCCAUUUUCGAACUAACCAAAACUUUGAUUAGUUUGAUCCAAGAAAGCAAAAAGGAGCAGCGAGAGCACAAUGCUCGACUGGAAGCCAUGAUGAGGAACAUGCGACCUAUUGCGGGGGUUCGAUGUCCGUUGGGGAUUUGCAAUGCACCUGCCAUGUUUCAGCGAGCAAUGAACAUGACGUUCCAGAAUUUCGUCAACAAGACACGGCUGACGCAAGGGAUGAUUAACUUCUGCGUGAUCGUGUAUAUGGACAAUAUCCUGGUCUAUUUGGAAACCUAUCACGGGCACGCGCAAAAUAUUGAAUGGACAUUGGGCGCACUAAGAAACGCUGGGUUUAAGAUUGCGCUCGAGAAGAGCGACUUUUUCCUCUCGGAAAUUUCGUUCUUGGGCUACGUCGUGACACGCGGAGGAUUGCGGCCGGACUCGAUAAAAGUUGCGGCGGUGAAGGAAGCCCCGUUUCCCACGUCACUGACGCAGGUUCGAGCCUUUUUGGGACUGGCGUCGUACUACCGACGCUUCAUCAAGGGCUUUGCCGCGAUCGCACAACCGCUAACGAACCUGUUACGGAAGGACCAACCUCUCAGUUGGGACGCGGAGUGCCAGCAGGCCUUUGCAACCCUCAAAGACGCUCUGGCAACGACCCCUAUUUUGAUUUGGCCGGACCCCUCGAAGCAGUUCAUUCUCAUCACGGACUGGCAACCCGAAGCUAUUUCCGCUAUUCUAGCACAGAAGGGGAACGAUGGUCGCGAACACGUCAUCGAGUACGCGUCUCGAACCGUACCGGAUGAACGAAGAAACGACGCCGCACCUCAAGGCGAGUGUUAUGCGGUAGUUUGGGGAAUCCAGCACUUCCAUCCGUAUCUCUACGGACAAAAGUUUCGCCUCGUAACGGAUCACGAGUCUCUGCUAGCGUUGAAGAAACUCACCAACUACACGGGGAUGAUUGGCCGUUGGGUGGUGCGACUCCAAGAAUACGACUUCGAUAUCGUCCAUCGAAAGACAGAACGGCCUGGCAACGCGGAUGGGCUGACACGUCUUCACCGACCUGUCAAGUGGUCGGCUUGUGUGGAGGGAGCCGUAGAGCGCAUCCCGUCGUCGCAGCAGCAGUAUUUGGAUCCCCGGACGGUUUGUGAUCCUGCCUUUUUCAAGCAUCCAAUGGCAGAUCAGCUUGCUGCCAUUCAAGAGGAAGAAGAGGAGGAAGAAAGCACUGAGAGUGACGAAGGGGAAGACGAGCGGGAAGAAAGUGGGAAAAGCGACGAAGUACUCGGGGAAGAGGACGAAACCCCCGAAGAAGGAAGCUAUAGCAAGCAUAGCGAGGGGGAGCAGAGCGAAGAAGAAGAAGAAGACGACGAAGGAGAAGAGGAGAACGAAGAAGGACCUGCGGAAUCGGAGUGGGAAGCUGUGCCGGAAGAAGCGCUGCGCAUGGGCACAGAGGCUGAAGAUCCGGAGGCGGCCCGCAAAAGAGAAGAAACCGCGGCCGGGAAGAGGCAACUAGAGUUUGUGAGCGGGGCAAGCUUGCACGUCCACGACGACCCAAACCAAGAUCCGGAGCCGCCCCGACCAGAACAUGGCGACCUCACGGCCACGACUCUGACCCCAUCAACGUGGCGACGGAGCCGAUCCCCCUCCUCCCCAACACGUCCCCCAAACCAACUGCUGCGGCAGCCACUCUUCGACAACUGCUACAUCACAAACGAGGAGGCGCUACCCAUCCCUGCCACGUCAGCCAGAGGAGCCUUCGGAAGGAGAUGGGUUGAGAAGGGAGUAACCACAAUAGGAGACCUGUGGGAUGACACAGAGGGGGAUUGGAUCAAGGACACUGCCUUGAGAGACACCCUGGGCAGACUAAGAUCGGUAGAGCAGAGAAGACAACAGAUCAUACAGGCGAUCCCAUAUCACAGAGGGGGAUUGGAUCAAGGACACUGCCUUGAGAGACACCCUGAGAAGACUCUUCUAUGUUCCAAGCGGCCCACACAAGGACAAUGGUACCAAGGAGAAGCUCAGGGGCAGUGGGCAACUUACCUGAGGAUAGAGGAAUACGUGGACGAAGACACCCUCACCGUACAGGAAUGGUCAGCCCUGGUUAAUGACAAGCUCAGACAACGAUUAACAUAUCAGGCCACGACCAGCCGGAGCCCCACGGUGCCGCUGCAACUGGUCAGAGUGUAUACCUCACAAACCAGUUCUGGAGUCCACCAGCACGAGGUAAUUCUGGCUGGAAGACCCCUAGCCUCCCAGCGAAUUGAUCCGCUGAUGGGUGCUUGGAGAGACGAUGAGGGAAAAGCCAUACCCUUCUGCCACUACAGCUCCAAAUUGGCAAGGAAGUUGCACUCCAACAACCGCCCCUCGCCGGCAGCGGCGGCCAGCAAGCUGAAUCGCACAGCCUCCUACACCCUCACCAUCUCUGAGGCAGGAAUCAGAGGCCUCUGGACUCAGCUACCAAAGCUACCAUCCCUCAAGUUUGCCGCAUUCCUCUGGAUGUUAUCACAUGCAAUAGUGCCAUGCACAGUCUGGCUAUUCGAGAAAGGAAUGGACAUCGUCACCAAACGCAGAAGAUGUGCCAGUGGGAGCAGAGCCGAAGAGACAAUCUCGCAUCUGGUUUGGUCCUGCCCUGCCUCAAAGCGCAUUUGGCUGUGGUGGGCAUGCCACUGGUACAACUUUGUGGGUGAGGCACUGACUUUGGAUGGGCAAUUGGAGGGAUCAUACCAGGACAUGGUUCAAAACGAUAGGAAGGAGAUAUGUGGCACAGACAGUGAGGGCAAUCAUCCUCUGGACCAUCUGGACAGACAGGAACGGCGUGCUUCCAACAGGACCAAUAACUGGCAGGAACAGCAUUGGCUCCUCAUUGAGUUAGACCAGGACAGGAUGACCAUGGCCGACGAGCGGUAUAACUUGCGCCGGAGAGGGGCAAAUCUCCACUCUGCCCAUGGAAACAGCUCCACCCCAUCAUCUUCCGCAGUUCAAGCGUCUCAGCGAUCUACUAGGGGAGAACGCGCAGCAGGAUCAUCAUCAUCAUCAGCAGCAGCAGCAGCAGGAGUGUCUGUUCGGCGUCUAAGGACCUGGCAGAUUGCUGCAUGCUGCAUCAUUCUGGCGAUUUAUUUUGGGUUUGUCAUCAACGCAUCACUGCAGCUGCUGGACACUUUUCCCAAACCUGUGGAGGAAAGCACCUGUAAUCGCAAUGUCUUCUCUGAAGAAAGAGCUAUGAAGACUGUCAGAAAGCUGGCCAUUGACAUUCGUGAUCGCCAGACAGGGACACAUGGCCUUAAGGAAGCUCUUGAUUAUCUGAGGGCAGAAGUCAAAUUGAUGGCUGCAAAUGCUCCACAGGAGAUAAGGGUGGAGAUUGAGGAUGAGAAAGUCAACGGCUCCUUCUCCAUGCGUUUCCUUGGAUUCAGUUCGUCUUUUGUGUACAACGAUAUUCCUAAUUUGGCUGUGAGCUUGUCGUGUGCAGCUGUUGGCAUGGAGGUGAUGCAAACUGUGAUUGAAUCUGGGAAUCCUCCAAGUGUGCCGCUGAUCUUCCUCUUUAAUGGAGGGGAAGAGAUCUACUCUAUGGGUGCUCACGGGUUUAUGCGGCAAAGUAAAUGGAGAGAUGACAUUGGUGCCGUUAUCAAUCUGGAGGCAACAGGCAGCAGUGGACCAAAUGUAAUGUUCCGGUUUGGACCUGGUACUUGGCCAGCACAGGUGUAUGCGGAUAAUGCUGUCCAUCCGAGUGCCUCAUCCAUCUCUCAGGAUCUCAUGCCAUAUGUUCUGGGAGACACUGACUUCAGGAUGUUCUCGAUGGAGUUCGGGGACAUACCGGGGGUCGACAUUGCGUUCAUACUCGAUGGGCAGUUUUACCACUCUCCGUAUGACAACGUUGAGAAUCUCAGAACUGGAAUCAUGCAGUCAAUGGGAGACAACGUAUUUGGGUUGAUCAAUGGAUUUGCACGAUCCCCACGACUAGUUGCAUCCAAAAUCAGGCAGGCUCGGGCAAACACGUCACUGGGGGAAGGAAUGGUCAGUGAGGAAGCACUGCUGGUCUUUGACGUAUAUGGAAAAAUCAUGGUGGCACUCCCACGACGAAGUCUUUGGAUUCUUGCUUUGAAUUGUUGCGCGGUUGCAUUCGUAUGGCCUUUGUUUGUUCCCCGGCGAUAUUGUGGGAUCGACAGCAUUCUACAUAGAUAUCUUGCAAUAGCACAUGCUGCUUUUCAUACUUAUCUUGGAGGAGCAUUUGCUAUCCUUUUUCCUGCUGCCAUUGCCGUUGGUCGGACCUUUUUAACAAGGGUUGCCAUGCCUUGGUUUGGACAUCAAGUUUUUGCAUUGGCAACGUUUGUUCCUGCGGCGCUGGCAGCUCUUUUGAUGGUGCAGCUAUGGAGAGAGAAAACUGCUGGCAAGGUUCACAAAAGCACACGGAAAAUGCAUUCCAUAGAAAUCCAGAUAUCUUUGAGCCCGAUUUGAAAGCAGAGUGCACCACGAGAUAACACCAAAUAAGUAAGAGCAGAGCACUGAAGUCAAAUGAUAAUGAAAACCCUCUUCUCGC